AUGUCUCAAGCACCAGCAUCAGCUCAACAAGGAUCAGCCCCACAAGGCCAAAGACAAUUUGGUGGCGCCCGUGGAGGUAGAAGAGGACCAAAGAGAGGACCAAGAAGAGGUGAGGAAGAGAAGGGUUGGACCCCAGUCACCAAGCUUGGUAGAUUGGUAAAGGCCGGUAAGAUCACCUCCAUCGAGGAGAUUUACUUGCACUCUCUCCCAGUCAAGGAAUUUCAAAUCAUCGACCACUUAUUGCCUGACUUGAAGGAUGAGGUCAUGAAGAUCAAGCCUGUUCAAAAGCAAACCAGUGCCGGUCAAAGAACCAGAUUCAAGGCUGUUGUCGUUAUUGGUGACUCCAACGGUCACGUUGGUUUGGGUAUCAAGACUGCCAAGGAAGUUGCUACCGCUAUUAGAGCCGCUAUCAUCAUCGCUAAGCUGUCUAUCAUUCCAGUCAGAAGAGGUUACUGGGGUUCCAACUUGGGUGCCCCUCACUCUUUGGCUUCUAAGACCUCUGGUAAGUGUGGUUCCGUUUUGGUCAGAAUCAUUCCUGCCCCAAGAGGUUCCGGUAUUGUUGCCUCUCCAGCCGUUAAGAAGAUGAUGCAACUGGCCGGUGUUGAAGAUGUUUACACUUCCUCCGGUGGUUCCACCAGAACUUUGGAGAACACUUUGAAAGCUGCCUUCAUUGCCAUUGGUAACACUUACGGUUUCUUGACCCCAACUUUGUGGGACGACUACGAGUUGUCCGAGUCUCCUCUCGACGUUUACGCCGACGAGGCCUCUGCUUCUUACAGAAAGAGAUAUUAA